GUACUCUCAAUUGCCGCUUCGACUGAAGCUUGCUCUCUUGCUCGGGCACCGUCUCUCAACUUUCAAAGAGCAGUUGGGUUAGCUGCUGGUGCUUCAUUUGGAGGAACUAGAAAUCCGAGAUGGCAGUUCCAGUACAUCCCGAGGACCCCGCACCGGAUCAACCUCAAACACCACCCCCAGUCCGUGAUUUUCUUCAGGCCGCUAGAUAUGGAGAUUUGGAAGACGUGCAGAGGUUGCUCGCACAGGGGACCUCUGUAAGUUCCCAAGAUGUUCAGGGCCGGACUGCUCUACAUAUGGCCUCAGCCAAUGGCCACCUUGACGUCGUGAAAUGCUUGAUUGAGCAUGGGGCCAAUGUAAAUAUGUGCAACUUGGAGCAAAACUCUCCUCUGCAUUAUGCAGUUCUCAAUGCACACAAACCUGUUGUAGAGUUCCUUAUUUCCGCAGGGGCCAAUGUUUCUGCAAUCAAUAGGUAUGAUAGAACCCCAGUAGAUGAAGCGGUAAGCAAAGGUGAUGUUUCGUUGAUUGAGUGCAUUACUCGAGCAGCACCAAUUGCAGAGGAACCUACUAAUGGCGAAGCCAAUGGAGCUCCCGAUCAUGCUUCUGCUAUGGAAGAAGAGUGAUACGAAUCGCCUUGCAAUGCAGUUUUUUCAAUUGUCUACAUUGGUAUGCGAAAGCGCUUUUUAUGUAUACGGUCCGGAGCAUGUAUAUGCAAAACUGUAUAUUGUAUCAGUGUUGGAGAAUAACCACAGAAUGUAAAUUUCGUAUACAAAGAAUCGUGGGGUGCACCGCUUGCUACUUUCCUGAA